GUUGCAAAUGAUAAUUUUGUGUAUUUGGUAUUCAGGGAUUUUUAUUACAUGCUUGUCAAUUCACUGAAUAUUUGCCGAAUAAUGAGGUUGGAGAAGAACUUUAUCAAAUGCUCGUACAAGCGUUCGACAGAGGAUUGAUUUUCAAGAUGGAAACAAAGAACGGAGGAAGUAUAACAUAGGAUGAGGAAAUACUCCAUACCACCGAUUCGUCGAUGGUAUCAGAAGAAGAUCAAUAUCAAAGCCUUCUUGGAGCAUUGAACAACAUGGGAAUCAAUCAAACAUGGAAUUGACUUUUCAGUCUUCAAAUAACUUCAAUAUGAAAUAGUUUCUUGAAUAUUCAAAGAGAUUUUUCGAAUACAAUCCAUACCAGGGCUGGGCAAAUUUACGGUCAUCGGGCCGGAUAAGGCCCAUUGAAGUGUUUCAUCCAUUCCACUUCUGUCAGCUGAAAUUCCAACUAUGGUUUUUAUGGAUAAAAAUUUCCAUUGAAAAUAACGUCAUAAUGACCCCAAUUGUUACAUUGUGCUUCCUGUUAUUAUAUAAACAUUAGCCUAGCUGUUGGAAUAGCUUUUUAAAAUUGUUUUUUUAUGUUUAGUUUUCCUAUUAGGUGUUGACACUCUGGUCCAUUAACAAAGUCAAUUAUUGCUUUUGAUCCACUCAGUAAAGUAAUUGCCCACCCAGCUUUAUUACCCUAGGGAACCCCACGUAACACCCCUGUUACAUGAUCUUUAGAAACCUGUAGAAAUGAAAUGUUUCACAGCGCACCCCGACGUUAUAGAUCAUAGAACCCCUAAGGCCCAAUGUUACUCAACAGUACAGCUUUCGUGCACCGAUCUGCCGGUUAGGUGGCGCUCCAGAGUAUUGUUUAUCAUGGUGUGUGGGAUUUUUGACAAGAUCCUGGAAGACCUAGAAACAUCGGAUCAUAUAUGAAGAACGACGAUCGGUGUCAAAUAAAUGAACAUGGCAUCGAUUGGGCCAAGCAGCUUGCGGAGAACUGGAAUCACAAGAGUGUACAAUGCUGAUGAUAUUCUUGUCAUUUUGAACUGCGAUGAAAGUGAUGAUAAUAAUGGUGGAUGCACUAGUAGUGGGUCAGAUAGUGAAUACGAUAUCAGAAAAGACGAAAACAACGGCUCCCAGAUUGAGUCCGAAAGUUCUGACGACGACGUUCUAUUGGCGAAUCUACGAGUGCAAAAUCAAAAACAAAGCCAAAUAGAAAAUGCAACCGACCGCAAUGAGUUUCGGUGGAAAAAGAAGCACAACGAUAGACCUGAUGCAACAUUCCUCGGUCCACAAUUAAAUCCUCCAGCUGACAUGAUUGUAGAUACGCCAUUGCGUUAUUUCCGACGUUUUGUUACAGAGGAAAUGCUGCAACUUCUGACAGAACAAACAAACCUCUACAGUGUUCAAAAGAAUGGUGUUUCGGUCAAAACGAACAAAAAGGAAAUUGAGCAGAUAUUAGGAAUGUAUUUGCACAUGUGUAUAGUGCAGAUGCCCAGUGUUUGGAUGUAUUGGGAAACUUCAACAUUUUAUGAGCCAGUGAGUGGAGUUAUGUCUCGCAACCGCUUUCAAACAUUGCUGAGAACUCUACACUUUGUAGACAAUUUGACUGUGUCUGACAACGAAAAACUUUCUGACAAGCUAUGGAAGAUUCGUCCGUGGCUAACAAUGUUCAGAGAUGCAUGCUUACAGGUUACAGCCGAGGAAUACAACUCUGUUGACGAGAUGAUGUGCCAGUAUAAAGGCACGACAAGUUCCAUACGUCAGUACCUGAAGAGUAAGCCUCAUCCGUGGGGUUUUAAAAUCUGGGGAAGAGCGGUUAUAAGUGGAAUUCUUUACGACUUUGAUGUCUACCAGGGUGGUACCGGUGAACGCACAGAGUUAGGACAAGGUGCGGACAAUGUUCUCAACUGA